AAUUCGUAAGUAAGUAUGUAUGUACCUACUUAAGAAUGAGUGAAAAACAAGAAAAAAUUAUGAAAAACACAUUGAAUUAUUUAACUUAUAAACAGUAAUGAUGCGUACUCUUUUCCCUUUUCUCCAAAUAAUUAGUAAACUAUUUAUCUUUAAUAGAAAUAUUUCCUUUUGCAACAAGUUUCAAUAACAAUUGGUAUAGUCUUUAAGACUGCAAUUAUAAUUAAAUAUAGUCAUUAAAUUCUCUUCUCUUCACAAGUAAUCAAAAUCAUGUUAUUUUCUUUUGCUUGUAUCAUUAUUUCCUGCAGUACGAAUACACUUGACGCGAAUUUCCCACUCGAUAUCACAGCAUUAGAAAGUUCAAAGUAUGUAUCUCAUAACUUUCACAUGAAUCCGCGGUCUCUGAUUAGUGGUCGCGUAGAACAUUGAUCCGUAUCGUGUAUGUCCGUGUAAUUAAGCAACACUACUUAGAGCAGUUUACUUUUUGCCGGUCAUUGGACAUACACAACAUUCGUAAUUAUAAUAUAGCCGGCUUUUAAAACAAUGUGCACAACAAACCACGGCGACGGAAGAAUUUCGCAUUCUGUGCCUGGCAGCAAAACUUGUAACAUUAUUCGAGGAAUAGCAUUUAACAUGAUCAAACACGCAUUCCUGGUCUUCAGAACAUAUCUGGACUUAUUCAUUGAUUACAUAUUCUCCCUUUACUGGGAAGCGAAGAGGACACCUUUGCCAAAUUUGGAAAAAAAGCAUAUUAUACUUAAGGACGAUGCUGUGACCAUUGCCGCAAAGAUCAGAAAUAGACAGUUAAAGUCUGAAGAUUUGGUUCAAAUGUGCAUUGAAAGAAUAAAAAUUGUCAAUCCAAUACUGAACGCCGUCACAGAUGAGCGUUUUGAAGAGGCUUUAGAAGAAGCGCGCGAAAUCGACCGGAUGCUUGAUGAGGGACUCUCAGAAGAAUAUCUCAAGAAGAAACCAUUCCUUGGUGUUCCGUUUACGGCGAAAGAGAGUCACGCGGUGAAGGGCCUGCUCCACACGUUGGGCAUCAAGGCGCGGGCGCACGUCCGCGCGCACGAGGACGCGGAGUGCGUGCGCCUCAUGCGCGCGGCCGGCGCCCUCCCGCUCGCCGUCACCAACGUACCAGAGAUCAACAAAUGGUGUGAAACUCGCAACAUGGUGUUUGGUCAGACCAACAACCCGUAUCACACCGGGCGCACCACGGGCGGGUCCAGCGGUGGGGAGGCCGCGCUGAUGGCCGCCAUGGCGACACCCAUAUCGUUAUGUUCGGACAUCGGCGGGUCCACGCGGAUGCCGGCGUUCUACUGCGGCUUGUUCGGCAUCAACCCCACCGCCGGAUAUACCAGUCUUAAAGGCUCGGCGCUGCGCUCCGGUAAAGAUGACACCAUGGCGUCGAUAGGGUUCGUUAGCAGACACACCUGCGACCUCGCCGCGCUCACCAAAGUCAUCCUGGCCGACAAGGCUGCUGAGCUGGACUUGGACAGGCCCGUGGACCUCAAGACGAUCAAGUAUUAUUACCUGGACACGGCCCAGGACCUGCGUGUCAGUCCCAUCCAGCCGGAGCUCCGGGAGGCCAUGGACAAAGUCAUAAGUCAACUAAGCGAGGAGGCGUCGAGCGCCCGGCGCUACCAGCACGCCGGCCUCGACCACAUGUACGCGCUGUGGCGGCACGCCAUGACCAGGGAGGCCGACGUGUUCGGGCGCCUCCUCACCAACAACCAAGGAGAGGCCAGCGCGGUCCUCGAGCUGCUCAAAAAGCUGACAGGACAGAGCGACUACACGUGGGCGGCCGUACUGAAGCUGCUGGACGACCAGGUGCUGCCCCGGGUCAACGCCGACUGGGCUGACCGCCUCACCGCAGCACUCAGGGAGGAUCUCUUGAAGACUCUCGGUACGGACGGUGUGCUGCUGUCCGCGAGCGCCCCGCAGCCGGCGCCCUACCACGCCGCGCCGCUGCUGCGACCCUUCAACUUCGCCUACUGGGGGAUCUUCAAUGUACUCAGGUUCCCCGCUGUGCAGGUACCGUUAGGGCUGAACAGUGAGGGCAUUCCCCUCGGCAUCCAGGUGGUGGCGGCGCCCGCGCAGGAGGCGCUCUGCCUCGCCGUGGCGGAGCACCUGGCCAGGACCUUCGGGGGCUACGUGCCUCCGUGCAAGAUUAUAGAUACAUAGCUUGACUGUUUUAUGCCAAUACUAGCCGUACUCGCCCGCUUCGCUAGGAAUUUAAAAUUAACAUUAUUAUUUUUUGUCAUUAUUAUUAGGGAGUCCGACACUCAUAUAAAUAUUAGCCUAUCCAUUAAGCACAUGUAUUUUCUACCUGGAUACCAAGUUUCAAGUGAAUCGGAUGCAUGGUUCAGUAGUUAUAACGGAACAUCCGUAAAAACCACUGUAGAUUUAUAUAUAUUAGUAUAGACAUAAACCUGUAUUAUUGAGAAUAACUGUGUCGGUUGUAGUUGGGUCUUGUGUUUAUUACUACUAUUAAAAGAACCUAUGCACGCUUGAUGCAGAAAACUGUCCCGGGAAUCGAUCCAAUAUAUCGACUUGAGAAUUUCGUGUAUACAAGACUAAGUACAUUUUUUUGCUUUUGGGUAAACAAAUAUGAAUUUGUAACACUCGCAUUUAAAUAUUUAUACAAAUCGCUGUUACUGCGAAUUUUAAGAUGGCCCAGUGCAAACAUGAGUCGUUGAAUUAAAAAAUUUGAUAAAAAAUGGUUGCAAGUGUAAUUGGUAAAUGUUUAAUAUGUACAACUUGUAAUUGAGUCGACUAUUAUCAAAGCCGGCAAUCUGACUUUUGGACAAUUAUUGGUAAAUCAGAAAAACGAAUUAUUGACUUUGUAUUCCAUUGGCAGUCACAAAACUCUUGGGAACGACAUCUUAGAUAAAUAACAGGUUAACUAUUAACUUUUAUUUAAUGCAGGUUUUGAACCGUAUUCUUUGAAGCAGACGAUUAUAUUCAAAUCAAUCUGUAUUGACAUAUCAAUAACAUUUUUUUGUCCAAAUGCACAGAUUGCCACCUUUGAUAAUAGACGACUCAAUUAUAGUAAAGAGUUUUACAAACUUUUCAAUAAAAAAACCGCUAUUGAGGUCUUCCAUCGGCGUUUGUGAGUAUAUUCUGUGAUUGUUGAAGAGGUUCUAUAAUUUAAGACUGUCAUUUAUCGGUGAGGGUGAUUAUAGAAGUGUGUUUUUAAAUAAAUUACUUUUUUAUUUUUGUUUAA